AUGGAGGACCAGCUGCUGUGCUGCGAGGUGGACUCCAUCAGGAGAGCCUACCAAGACGUCAACCUGCUUAACGACCGAGUCCUACACACCAUGCUGAAGGCAGAGGAAAACUACCUACCGUCACCCAACUACUUCAAGUGUGUUCAGAAAGAUAUUGUGCCCAAAAUGAGGAAAAUAGUUGCCACCUGGAUGUUAGAGGUCUGCGAGGAACAGAAAUGUGAGGAGGAGGUUUUUCCGCUGGCUAUGAACUAUUUGGACAGAUUUUUAUCAGUGGAGGCCACGAGGAAAACAAGACUACAGCUGCUCGGAGCUACAUGUAUGUUUCUGGCAUCCAAGAUGAAGGAGACUGUGCCCUUAACAGCGGAGAAACUCUGUAUCUACACCGACAACUCGGUCCAGCCCGGAGAACUGCUGCAAAUGGAGCUUCUGGUUCUCAACAAGCUGAAGUGGGACUUGGCUUCAGUCACACCUCAUGAUUUCAUCGAGCACUUCCUGUCCAAGCUGAAGAUCUACCCGUCCACCAAGCAGAUCCUCAGGAAACAUGCCCAGACUUUUGUGGCCCUCUGUGCUACAGAUGUCAACUUCAUCGCCAGUCCUCCGUCCAUGGUGGCGGCAGGCAGCGUGGUGGCUGCAGUUCAAGGUCUCUACCUGAAAAGCCAAGACGCUUCUUUAUCCUCCCAAAACCUCACCAACUUCCUGUCACAGGUCAUCCGCAGUGACCCGGAUUGCUUGCGGUCAUGCCAGGAGCAGAUAGAGUCUCUUUUGGAGUCCAGCCUCCGUCAAGCUCAGCAGUACAGUGGCACGACAGAAACCAAACGCGUGGACGAGGACGUGGACCUGUCCUGCACCCCGACAGACGUCAGAGACAUCAACAUCUGACUGAUUUGAAACAGCGCUGCAAAAUGACCUGAUGAUCGAGGGAAAGUUGUGGACGGAGGAUGGUGACGGGUGCUGCAGAGGAGGGGGUGACUCGCCUGACCUCAGCCUCCCCCCUCCUCCUUCUCCUCCUCCUUUCCAGAUGGGCCGUCUCCGCCAACAUGGCCGACAUGUCACUCACGUGCCCGCUGUCUGCUGCCAAGACGGCCGCCAAGAAGCGCAGAGUGGCCCUCGCCCCGCGACGAACCCCAAGUCACAUUUCCUGCCAGUGUCCCCUCCCAUCUCGGGAAAAAUAAUGAACACUACAGAAAUGUACAAAGAAAAGACACUAAAUAUUGAUGACAUGGUGAGGGCUGGAGUGUAGCCACAAAAACAGACAUUUUAGUAGAUAUUUUUACUUAUUCCCUCAAAUAUUAAACUAGGAAUCUUUAAAUUACCACAGACUCAACUUGCCUUCUAAACAUCCCAAAGUGUCUCGUAGGCUGUAGUCUGUCUUCAGGACUUCACCUGAAAUCUGACACUUACUAAAGAGAAGAGGCUUUUGUUUUUUACGUCUUUUAUAUCUAGAAUGUGUAGAUUCCCUGUCCAAGCUCCUGUGUUGUGUCUUGUUGCAGUGCAGACAUUCAUAUAUCCCUGCUUGCUUAUGUUUAGUCACUUUAUUAUAUAUCAUUUUAGUCUUUUAUCAAUUAGUCUUAUACCUCUUUUCUUCCAAGCUGUUUUUUUUUCCUAAACCAAGUGUAGUUUGAAGCGCUCUGAUUUUUUUUUUAAUGAUCCAGACUGUGGAUUGCUGAUGUAAAGGUUUGAACAAAUGGAACUGUUUGUUCAUUCAUUCAUUCAUUGACUUGCUUUAUCCAUUUCAGCUUGCUGUAGUUUGAUAAGCUUGAAUCGACGCACACGCAAGCAGAGCAAUCCAUAGUCUGUAAUGUUUCCUUUCUCUGUGUAGUUAUACCUUGUACCAUUCCAACUUUUGUUUUCUAAAAAAAAAAGCACUUUUAGUCAGCAAUGCUGGCUCGUCUAAAAAAAUCACAGUGAUUAAGUUUGUAAAACAGCAUGAAAAUGGAAUGGGGGGGUUUGGGCAGGAGUCGUUUUGGUGAUGGAAAGUCGGAGCAGCCCUGCAGACAUGCAGUUGCAGCUGGUGCAACUGAUUCAUCUAAUGGGACAAAAAAUGACCAGUAUGGCAGAAAUACCUUUUUAAAACAAGAUUGAAUGCUGCUCGUAGAGCCAGUGGCUUGCUGUAGCUGCCUUCCAUGUCGCAGAUUAGAUGUAGUUUUAGGUCAGCAGACAUUUCAUAGAGGCAGAGCUACUCUCAUUAUAGGAAAUGUCAUCGGUUUGGUUAAAGCACAGAGUGCAGAGCGAGGGCUUCAGUGACUAAAGACUGGAGGAAAUAGUAAAAAGAAGUAUUAUUUUUAAAGUAAAAUAAUACUUUAUUUUUAUAUAGUGAAAGAAAGUAUUUAUUUUUCUAGCUUGCAUUUUGUAGUUUGCUAACUAACUGCGGCUCCACCUGCUGAUGUUUAACCCAACCCCUGAGGGUAUUUCUGCCUCCAGAGCAGCUCUGCUGAGGAGAAAUGUCUGUAAAACUCCAGUCUGCCUCUGAAAUCACCAGGACAGCAUCUCCUCCGUUGCUCCGCCUGAGUUCAAAUAUUGCUCAUGGAUUUUGAGAAAGGGGAUGAAGCUAAAACAAGAGGAGGAGGAGUGUUAAGACGAUAGACAUGAUUUUGCACAAACCUUAAAAACGUGGGCUGCGGUUCUUGGGCACUUGCCUCAAAGAAAAAAAAAAGUGGAGAGUUAAAAAAAAAAAAGCUGGCAAGAGCACCAUGGGGGGGUGGCAAAAGUGGCAAAAAGGUGAAGGCGUCGACAGCGAGGUGUGUCUUAAUGCUGUAGAGUUCAAAUCAGGGUUCCUACACAGGAUGGGAAAAUCAGCGUUUCCAGGUCGAUACUUUAUACCGCAUAUGAAGACGUUUUAUGUAUAUGGUAUAAGUUCAUGGACCAGUUAUUACGGACACAGAAAGGUUCAUUAAAAUCAAAUCCAUACCUGGAAAGAAAUGAUUCUGUAAGCUUGUGUGUAGGAACACUGUAAAUUAGGUUUCUGAUUUUAUAUUAAGGAUAGAGAGUAGGAGAGAAACACUCCUGUAUUCCGCUGCUAUAGAAAAUAAAUCCCAGCUACGUGUAAAAAGGAAAAAAAAAAGAAAAAGAAUGAAAAAAAGAAAAAAGAUGACAAAAGACGUAAUGGAUUAAAAAUGAUGCUUUUCUCCUGUUGUUUGCUGCUACAUUUUUUGGUUGUUUUAUAUACAUAUAAAUGUCAUAUAUACUGCCAUUCUAGGUUUGAAUUUUCUCAUAGAAAAUUGUGUUAUUGACAUCCUCAUUUGUUGGUUUUAUGUAGAUUCUAUGUGAUCAUUUUUGUGUUUUUUUUUGGUUUAUAAUUACCUUAAAUAAUUUUCCGUACUAUUCCAAAAACAAGGAAAAGUGAGACAAUGUACAGUAAUGCUUUGAUCCACAAUACCUCAUGCGACAGUCAAGAUCUAUCUCUAAUUUUAGUUGUUUUGUUUGUUUAGUUCUUAUUCUACUUGUUGGUUCAGUGCCUACUAGCUCUGUUAAACCUGCUUGAGGUGAAGCAUGAUGGAAACCAGCGAGUCCAGGGCAUGCUUUGAAACUGGUGCCAUAACAGAAAAUGGGAUAUGUAUAACUCUGUUGAGUGUUAAGCUGUCUCGGUGAAAGAGACUUUAUCCCCCCUUUAGGCCCAUAGUGGCCUUCCUUCCUUUUUCCCCUUUUUAUAUUUAUAAAAAAAGCUUUUUGCUCCAAUUUUCAAACUGUCAGUGAGUUGAUUUGAGUUUGUAAAUAGAUUCAGUGUCAUGCUUGGUAAGCCAUAGACUGUUUUGUUUUGUUUUUACAAAUCAUUCCACACAGUUGUGUCUACUUCAUGUCAGUUGUCUGCAACUGGGACAAACAGUGUAUUCAUGUGUCAACUACACAAUAAAACAUGAAUUAGAAGUCUGG